AUGUCAGAAGAAACAUUUAUGUCAGUGAAUGAUCAGGUAAUUAAAAUUGAACCACCAGAGUAUUCACCGGAAGACAUUAAACUCGAAAAUGAGUAUGAAUUUGAUAAUUUUGAUGCUAUCGUUAAAUCUGAAUCGUGUUUUGAGGAUGAUGAUACGUGUUUAGAAAGAUUCAUGAAUUCCGAGGUGACAAUUGAAGAUGAAGUCAAACAGGAGUCUUAUGAUUGUGACAUUUGUAAUCAAUCAUUUGCAGAAUCGCAUCAUCUAACAAAACAUAUGGUCGAUCAUAUGCCUAACCAUAGCGAAGAACGUCCUUACAAAUGUGAAAUCUGCCCAAAGACUUUCAGUCAAUCAAGAGGGUUGAACACACACAUGGUCAUUCAUAGUGGUGAGCGUCCACAUAAAUGCAAUGAAUGCAAUAAGGCAUUCAUAACUGUAACUCAUCUGAAAAGACACAUGCUCAUUCACAGUGGUAAGCGCUCUCAUGAGUGCAAUAUAUGCAAGAAGAGAUUCACACAAUUAAGGUAUCUGAAUAAUCACAUGCUCAUUCACAGUGGUGAGCGUCCACAUAAAUGCAAUGAAUGCAAUAAGACAUUCACACUAUUAAGGCAUCUGAAAUAUCACAUGGUCAUUCACAGUGGUAAGCGCCCCCAUGAAUGCAGUAUAUGCAAGAAGACAUUCAUAUAUUUGUGGACUCUGAAAAAACACAUGCGCAUUCACAGUGAUGAGCGCUCUCAUGAGUGCAAUAUAUGCAAGAAGGCAUUCUUGCAAUUAAGUAAUCUAAAAAGACACAUGCUCAUUCACAGUGGUGAGCGCUCACAUGAGUGCAGUAUAUGCAAGAAGACAUUCAUAGAAUUGUGGACUCUGAAAGCACACAUGGUCAUUCACAGUGAUGAGCGUCCACAUAAAUGCAAUGAAUGUAAUAAGGCAUUCAAAACUAAAACUCAUUUGAAUGAUCACAUGCUCAUUCACAGUGGUAAGCGUCCCCAUGAGUGCAAUAUAUGCAAGAAGACAUUUAUACAAUUAAGUAAUUUGAAAAGACACAUGCUCAUUCACAGUGGUGAGCGCUCCCAUGAAUGCAUCAUAUGUAAUAAAGCAUUCAAAGAUAUACACGGUUUGAAGGUUCACAUGCUCAUUCACAUUGGUGAGCGUUCCCAUGAGUGUAAGGAAUGCAAUAAGACAUUUAUACGAUUAAGCCAUCUGAAAAAUCACAUGUUCACUCAUACUGGUAAGCGCCCCCAUGAGUGCAGUAUAUGCAAGAAGUCGUUUACACAACCAUCUCAUCUGAAAAGUCACAUGCUCGUUCACAGUGGUGAGCGUCCCUAUAAAUGCAGUAUAUGCAAUAAGGAAUUUACUGUAUCAAGAGUUUUGAACAAACACAUGGCCAUUCAUAGUAGGAAGCAUGAUGAAAAUCAGCAAUUAAAAUUGAACCAACAGAAUAUUCAGCAGAAGACAUUGAAGGCGAAAAUGAUGAUGAAUUUGGAUGCUAUUGUUAAAUUUGAAUCGUGUUCUAAGGAUAAUGAUGCAUGUUUAGAAAGAUUCAUGAAUUCCGAGGUGACAAUUGAAGAUGAAGUCAAACAGGAGUCUUUCGAUUGUGAAAUUUGUAAUCAAUCAUUUGCAGAAUCGCAUCAUCUAACAAAACAUAUGGUCGAUCACAUGCCUAACCCUAGUGAAGAACGUCCUUACAAAUGUGAAAUCUGUCAAAAGACUUUCAAACAAUCAAAAAGAUUGAAAUCACAUAUGGUCAUUCACAGUGAAGAAACAUUUAUGUCAGUGAAUGAUCAGGCAAUUAAAAUUGAACCACCAGAAUAUUCAGCAGAAGGCAUUAAUCGCGAAAAUGAAGAGGAAUUUGAUGACCUUGAUGCUAUCGUUAAAUCUGAAUCGUGUUCUGAGGAUGAUGAUACGUGUUUAGAAAGAUUCAAGAACUCCGAGGUGACAAUUGAAGAUGAAGUCAAACAGGAGUCUUUCGAUUGUGAAAUUUGUAAUCAAUCAUUUGCAGAAUCGCAUCAUCUAACAAAACAUAUGGUUGAUCAUAUGCCUAACCCUAGUGAAGAACGUCCUUACAAAUGUGAAAUCUGUCAAAAGACUUUCAAACAAUCAAAAGGGUUGAAAGCACACACGGUCAUUCACAGUAGUGAGCGUCCACAUAAAUGCAAUGAAUGCAAUAAGACAUUCACACUAUUAAGACAUCUGAAAUAUCACAUGCUCAUUCACAGUGGUAAGCGCUUCUAUGAGUGCAGUAUAUGCAAAAAGACAUUCAUAGAAUCGUGGACUCUGAAAACUCACAUGCUCAUUCACAGUGGUGAGCGUCCACAUAAAUGCAAUGAAUGCAAUAAGGCAUUCAAAACUAAACCUCAUUUGAAUAAUCACAUGCUCAUUCACAGUGACAUGCUCAUUCACAGUGGUGAGUGCUCUCAUGAGUGCAUCAUAUGCAAUAAGGCAUUCAAGGAUGUAAGCGGUUUGAAAGUUCACAUGCUCAUUCAUAGUGGUGAGCGUCCCUAUGAGUGCAGUAUAUGCAUGAAGACAUUCAUUCAAUCAAAUGUUCUGAAAAGACACAUGCUCAUUCACAGUGGUAAGCGCCCCCAUGAGUGCAAUUUAUGCAAGAAGACAUUCACACAUUUUGAUGUUCUGAAAAGACACAUGCUCAUUCAUAGUGGUGAGCGUCCUUAUGAAUGCAGUAUAUGCAAUAAGGCAUUCAUACAAACAAGUCAUCUGAAAAAUCAUAUGCUCAUUCACAGUGGUCAGCGCUCCCAUGAGUGCAGUAUAUGCAAGAAGACAUUCAUAACUAUAACUAAUCUAGAAAGACACAUGCUCGUUCACAGUGGUGAGCGCCCCCAUGAGUGCAGUAUAUGCAAGAAGAAAUUCACACAAUCGGGGGCUCUGAAAUCUCACAUGCUCAUUCACAGUGGUGAGCGCCCCUAUGAGUGCAAUGUAUGCAAGAAGACAUUCACAUAUUUUGUUGUUCUUAAAAAACACAUGCUCGUUCACAGUGGUGAGCGUCCCUAUGAAUGCCAUGUAUGCAAUAAGAGAUUUACACAAUUAGGUACCUUGAAAAGACAUAUGAUGAUUCAUAGAUUAGCGUCCUUAUGA